CGGCUUGUACAAGCCAAUACAGCAAGAACAAGUCAAGAAGGAGGUUCUCGAGUCACAAGUUGAUUUGAGUUUUCCUGAUGUAAUCCAUACCAUAUGAUAGAUAUAAGGCGUGGGGAGCUUCACUGACUCCAGUCUCCCAUGAAUCCCUGCAUUUGACGCACUAUAAUCCACGCAGGAAAGUCUAUAGCAACCAUUCUCGGUCCCCGUCCGUCUCUCGCGCACAAUGAGGAACCUGCUUGAUAUUAACGGCAAUGCCAUCUUUACCAAUAAAUGGUACAAGAUCAUGCUCUCUGAUGGGAGUGAACUCGGCUUUGGUGUAAGCCUGGACGGCGGUAAAUAUGGCUGCGCCCCCGUCCCAAGCGGUCAGGGACUCGUCAUCCGAUAUCGCCGGCACCAAAACGAUGAUCUUACGAUAUACGGGUGGCCUAUCGGUGACUGUGGCUAUUUCAAAGGCUACACCGUCACGCCGGAUGGUGGCCAGGUGCUCAUCAAGCACCUCAGCCUGUCUAACGGCUCCCCGCCUCUCCUCGCUUGGUACGACAGUGACGACUCUUACGGCUUCGUCGCGAAGCAGCUGCCGGGCAACCGCGUCGCAUUGUAUGCCUUUGACCAGAACAAGGCAGUAGCCGGAUUGAAGGUGCAGAAUGUAGGACAGGGAUUGUCUAUGCAUGGCGUGCAGGGCGCGUACCCGAUUGCUUUGGACUGCGCUUUCGUGGAGGUCGGUCCUUACGACACCGCUAACAUUUACUUCUGAAUAUCCGGAUAUCGUGACACCCAUGCGAGUGAGCAUUCUGAUCCUAGUAGUCAUGAUCGCACCGCGAUUUUCAUAUAUCAGUGGAACGUGUUGGUCUGUCUGUCAAUUUGUCAGUGGAGUCAUUAAAUUGUAUGGCGCGGUUUUGUUCAUGGUAGCACGUUAGCUGCAAGCUGCAUGCAAUUUGUUCACCGCCGAAUGCGAAUGUAGGUUUGUACAGGUG